UCAAUGAAAAGUCAUUGAGUUUGGUGAGUCAAGAUUCAUUGAAAAAUUCUUCAAUGUUGAUGGGCCUCUUUGGUGAGGUGACCUUAUUCCUGUCCUGCCCCCUAAGGGUGGGCAGGGUGGACAGAACGCAGUCUGGACUUCCGGAUGCAGCCCCCUACCGCCCGACUUGCCUACCCCGCUGGCCUCGGAGGGGUGGCCCUAAGCUCAGGACAGACGCGGACAAAGGGCAGAAAAAAGGAUGCAGUUCUCUUUAAUCCCUAACCCAAUUUCUCGGGAAAAGCCGCGCUCCCACACAGAAGGCGAACCCUCUAAAGCUGUGGGUUGGCUGCCGUGCACGUAGUCGCUUUAGGAAUUCCCAAAGCAUCUAGCGGAAGUUUAGAUCUUUCACUAGGGGUCACAUGGGCCAGUACGGGCGCACCUGGCAAACCGUUCCUUUCAGUUUGAAAGUAUCUUUGAAACUCGGAAACUGUGCUCCUUGGUCUUUCAGUUCAUAAGCCUAGAGAGCGGCUACUGAAAUUGGAAUCGACAUAUUCUUCCCUCGGCCCCAACUAGUAAACCACGACCAGAAUACACAGCCUAACCUAAACCUACCGGAGUGUCACAACCGGCAAGCGCGAGCAGGUCCACCAACUGCGCCUGCGCAAACCGGCCGUUCCCGCGAGAUCGCAGGAAGGCGGAGAGAAAGGGCAGGACCCCGUCGCGUGGGGCGGGGCUUAAAGGCUCGUCGCGCCUGCGCAGAGGACCGGACAACGUGCUGCGUCGUUACUUUUGAAACGCUUGGCGGGGAAGUGCUGUGGGAGCCGCUGUGGUUGCUGUCCGCCGAGUGCAAGUGCGUGCCUUUGUUUGUGUCCCUGGCCAUGGCGCUGCAGCUCUCCCGGGAGCAGGGAAUCACCCUGCGCGGGAGCGCUGAAAUCGUGGCCGAGUUCUUCUCAUUCGGCAUCAACAGCAUUUUAUAUCAGCGUGGCAUAUAUCCAUCUGAAACUUUUACUCGAGUGCAGAAAUACGGACUCACCUUGCUUGUAACUACUGAUCUUGAGCUCAUAAAAUACCUAAAUAAUGUGGUGGAACAACUAAAAGAUUGGUUAUACAAGUGUUCAGUUCAGAAACUGGUUGUAGUUAUCUCAAAUAUUGAAAGUGGUGAGGUCCUGGAAAGAUGGCAGUUUGAUAUUGAGUGUGACAAGACUGCAAAAGAUGACAGUGCACCCAGAGAAAAGUCUCAGAAAGCUAUCCAGGAUGAAAUCCGUUCAGUGAUCAGACAGAUAACAGCUACGGUGACAUUUCUGCCACUGUUGGAAGUUUCCUGUUCAUUUGAUCUGCUGAUUUAUACAGACAAAGAUUUGGUUGUACCUGAAAAAUGGGAAGAGUCGGGACCACAGUUUAUUACCAAUUCUGAGGAAGUCCGCCUUCGUUCAUUUACUACUACAAUCCACAAAGUAAAUAGCAUGGUGGCCUACAAAAUUCCUGUCAAUGACUGAGGAUGACGUGAGGAAAAUAAUGUAAUUGUAAUUUUGAAAUUUGGUUUUCCUGAAAUCAAAUCAUCUAUAGUUAAUAUGUUUUAUUUCAUUGGUUAAUUUUUACAUGGAGAAAACCAAAAUGAUACUUACUGAACUGUGUGUAAUUGUUCCUUUUAUUUUUUGGUGCCUAUUUGACUUACCAUGGAGUUAACAUCAUGAAUUUAUUGCACACUGUUCAAAAGGAACCAGGAAUUUUUUUCGUCAACGUUGUGAUGUAUAUUCCUUUGAAGAUAGUAACUGUAGAUGGAAAAACUUGUGCUAUAAAGCUAAAUGCUUUCCUAAAUCAGAUGUUUUGGUCAAGUAGCUUGACUCAGUAUAGGUAGGGAGAUAUUUAAGUAUAAAAUACAGCAAAGGAAGUCUAAAUAUUCAGAAUCUUUGUUGAGGUCCUGAAAGUAACUAAUAAUCUAUAAACAAUGAAAUAUUGCUGUAUUAGCUCCUUUUGACCUUCAUUUCAUGUAUAGUUUUCCCUAAUGAAUCAGUUUCCAAAUUUGACUUUAAUUUAUGUAACUUGAACCUAUGAAGCAAUGGAUAUUUGUACUCUUUAAUGUUCUGUGAUACAGAACUCUUAAAAAUGUUUUUGUGUGUGUGUGUUUUAUAAAAUCAAGUUUUAAGUGAAAGUGAGGAAAUAAAGUUAAGUUUGUUUUAAAUUUGUCUUAAAAA